GUCCUGUUCAUCCUCGCCUCAGCUGCGGGGCUUGUUUGAGAGUUAGCAGCACAGUUACGAACCACCACGACGGCAGAAGAGUUGCUGAACCGUCGCCUGGACGAGAAAGCUGUUCCAGCGGCCUACUGCAGUUUACCUGGAGACCUCUGCCUGUGGCCUAGCCAGCAGCCUACUGCAGUUUACCUGUAGACCUCCGCCUGUGGCCUAGCCAGCAGCCUACUGCAGUUUACCUGGAGACCUCUGCCUGUGGCCUAGCCAGCAGCCUACUGCAGUUUACCUGGAGACCUCUGCCUGUGGCGUAGCCAGCGGCCUACUGCAGUUUACCUGGAGACCUCUGCCUGUGGCUUAGCCAGCGGCCUACUGCAGUUUACCUGGAGACCUCUGCCUGUGGCGUAGCCAGCGGACUACUGCAGUUUACCUGGGGACAUCCGCCUGUAGCAUAGCCAGUGGACUACUGCAGUUUACCUGGAGAUCUCCGCUUGUGGCCUAGCCAGCGGCCUACUGCAGUUUACCUGGAGACAUCCGCCUGUAGCAUAGCCAGUGGCCUACUACAGUUUACCUGGAGAUCUCCGCUUGUGGCCUAGCCAGCGGCCUACUGCAGUUUACCUGGAGACCUCCGCCUGUGGCCUAGCCAGCGGCCUACUGCAGUUUACCUGGAGACCUCCGCCUGUGGCCUAGCCAGCGGCCUACUGCAAUUUACCUGGAGAUCUCCGCUUGUGGCCUAGCCAGCGGCCUACUGCAGUUUACCUGGAGACCUCUGCCUGUGGCAUAGCCAGAAGGUAUCCCCAAGCCUGUCUGGAUGAAGGCUGAACAAGAUGAAGACCUCCUGGAAGAGGACUCUCCUCAGGAUCAUGGAGUUAUCCAAGCAACUCGGUAUAGCUCCAUAUCUCCCCCCGUCUCCCCUGGGUCUCAGGAGGAAACCUUCACCACUUACUUUGAGGAGAAGGUGCCUAUUCCAGAGAAUGUCAACCAGAUGUUCAGUUUCCGUAAACUCUGGGCUUUCACUGGACCUGGCUUUUUAAUGAGUAUCGCCUACUUGGACCCAGGGAACAUUGAGUCUGACCUGCAGUCCGGCGCUAAAGCAGGCUUUAAGCUCCUAUGGGUGCUGCUUGGAGCCACUAUCAUCGGGCUUCUCUUGCAAAGGCUAGCUGCACGGCUGGGAGUUGUUACUGGGAUGCACCUGGCAGAAGUUUGCAACCGCCAGUAUCCCACUGUCCCCCGCAUUAUCCUGUGGCUGAUGGUGGAGCUGGCAAUCAUCGGCUCUGACAUGCAGGAGGUCAUCGGCUGUGCGAUUGCCCUCAACCUGCUGUCGGUGGGCAGGAUCCCACUGUGGGGAGGGGUUCUCAUCACCAUCAUAGACACAUUUGUGUUCCUGUUUCUAGAUAAGUAUGGCCUCAGAAAACUUGAAGCGUUCUUCGGCUUGCUCAUCACCGUAAUGGCUCUGAGUUUUGGUUACGAGUAUGUGCUGGUGAGACCAGACCAGCGGCAGCUGUUGAAGGGGAUGUUUGUACCGUACUGUGAGGGCUGUGGUCCUGUCCAGCUGGAGCAAGCUGUGGGAAUCGUGGGCGCCGUCAUCAUGCCCCACAACAUUUACCUGCAUUCAGCCCUUGUCAAGUCACGACAAAUCGAUCGCGGUAAUAAGAAGGAGGUGAAGGAAGCCAACAAGUACUUCUUCAUCGAGUCAGCUAUCGCCCUCUUCAUCUCUUUCCUCAUCAAUGUCUUCGUUGUAGCAGUGUUUGCUGAGGCCUUCUACGAUAAAACCAACAGUGACGUGAAUGCAUUGUGUAAUUCAACAUUCCCCAACAACACUGAGAAGCUGGAAGUCGACAUCUACAAAGGGGGACUGGUCCUGGGCUGUUUCUUUGGCCCUGCAGCUCUCUACAUCUGGGCCAUAGGGAUUUUGGCUGCAGGCCAGAGCUCCACCAUGACAGGCACUUACUCUGGGCAGUUUGUGAUGGAGGGUUUCCUGAACCUGCGCUGGUCCCGUUUUGCACGGGUGGUGCUGACUCGCUCCAUCGCCAUCACACCAACCCUGCUGGUGGCCGUCUUCCAGGAUGUGCAGCAUCUGACAGGGAUGAAUGACUUUCUCAAUGUGCUCCAGAGCAUGCAGUUACCUUUUGCUUUGAUCCCAAUUUUAACGUUCACUAGUCUGCCGUCCAUCAUGAGUGAAUUCGCCAAUGGAUUGGUGUGGAAGAUAAAUGGAGCCGUCAUCAUUCUGGUGGUCUGUGCAAUCAACACGUACUUUGUGGUGGUGUACGUGGGCGGCCUGGACAGUGUGCUGCUCUACGUACUGGCGGCCCUGCUCUCGCUUGCCUACCUGACCUUCGUAGGCUACCUGAUAUGGCAGUGUUUAAUUGCCUUGGGGGUGUCGUGUGUGAACUUGGGCGGCGGGGUAAGCAGUAGACCUGCUGUGCUCACUGAGGACCAGUCCGAGUACAGCUCCUAGAGAUAACCUGGACAGGAAGCACACCAGCAGUCCUCUGUCCUCUGGGAGGCGCUGAACCCUGUUUAGAGCCGAGGUUUCUACAAACUCUGUGACACACAAAGUAUAUUUUCUUCAUAAAACUGAUAAUUAGUUUUGGGCUGUUUUUUUAAGGUUCCAGCCAAAUCAAUAUUACCGAGCACCCGGACACUGUAAAAACCUCGUGACACAUUAACACACGUCAUGUGCUGGGAGUCAGUAACACCGCUGGUGUUAUAUUAUGGCUGAUAUGUGUAUUUGCAAUUCAUUACCAGAAGCUAUUGCAGUAGACCCCCACUACCUCCUCAGUAGUUCAUGAUGGAAGUUAUUUAGUCAACCCAGUUAUCAAGUCUGGAUCUGCAGGAUUUCUCCAGCAUGUUCAGGGCUUCAGCAGACUUCAGCCCAUUUACUCAUUUGGAUAGAAGUUCAUCACUAUGCCAGUGGCAAGUCAGCCAGGCACAUGGUUUGUCAUGCCAGUGGCAAGUCAGCCAGGCAUCCAGGCAUCUGGUUUG